AUGUUCGUCUUUAGAGGCAGGUUUGCUGUCACUAAGUGGUGUGAGCAGAGAGCAAGCAGGCGAUCUGUGGCCGCUAAAGCUCGUCAACAAGAAGCUAAUGCGUCGAGAGCAGGUGGUUCAGGAGCUGGGGGUUUUACAGUGUCUUCAGCACCCUCACCUGGUGGCUUACUGGACACCUACGAGACCCCAGCCAGCUAUAUUCUCAUCCUGGAGAUUGCUGAUCAAGGUCGUAUCCUGGACUAUAUUGUUAGCUGGGGGAACUUGACUGAAGAAAAGGUGUCUCUUUACCUACGGGAUAUUCUAGAAGCUUUACACUACCUUCACGCUUGCAGGAUUGCUCAUCUUGACUUAAAGCCCGAGAAUGUAUUAAUCGAGCAAACAUCAGCUAAGCCUCUAGUCAAACUGGCGGACUUUGGCGACGCGGCGCAUCUUUCCAACAUCCCUUACAUCCACCCUCUGCUGGGCAGCCCUGAGUUCUCGGCCCCUGAGCUAGUGUUGGGUGAAUCUGCAGCUCUGGCCUCUGACCUCUGGAGUUUAGGUGUAUUGGCGUACGUAAUGCUCAGUGGCGCGUCUCCGUUUCUGGAUGAAAGUGUGGAAGAGACCUGCCUCAACAUCUGCCGCAUCGACUUCAGCUUCCCAGAGGACUACUUCCAUGGUGUGAGUCAGGCGGCGCGGGACUUUAUAUGCAUGUUACUCCAAGGCGAGCCAUCCAGACGUCCCUCUGCACAGGUUUGCCUUUACGAGGAGUUCUGGCUACAGCCCGACUCGACCUCCAGCGCAGCUCGCCUCGACACUUCCAGACUUAUCUCUUUUAUAGAGCGGAGGAAACAUCAGAAUGAUUUACGCCCCGUCGCCAGUUUCCAAGCGUUUCUGCGUAGUCGCCUUCUCAGUCAGACCUGAAAGAUACGCUGGAGUGGAAAUCCAAUUAAGGUAUAAAUGAUAUGCUGAAAUCUCAUCCUUGUUUUAGAGUCAUUCUGAAACGGUUCUGGGUCUCUGUUACUGUAACUGCUGCUGACUAAACUCUCUGAAGUCCUUUUUCCACCCCUUCAAAACAAUCAUUUCAGCUACACGUUCGUUCUCUCUUUCCAUGGACGACACUCGCAAGGGGGAAAUAAAUGUGAAUUAAUAAGGGGGAAUUCGUUUGUUUCGAAGUUUGUUUGUUUAUUUCGAAGGUUGUUCCCUGAGCCAGGUUAAGCUUUGUGUUUGGACAGUAUUUGAAUCAGGUUGUUUCAAUGGAGUACUGUAAUUUGAAUCGCUACAUUCAGGAAAGAUUACAUUUUGUACAAACCAUGUAUAGAAGCACAGCAAAGAUCUUUAUCCUGAACGUUUUGGAGAAUAAAAGGAAAAUAAGCUUAUUUAAAUAUUUAAAGGGAAGUUCAAUUGGUUGAAUUAUUGGUUGGUAUUCAUCUCCAUGUUUAACAAGCAUACCGUCAUACUGGAAUUCAAUCGUAACAAACAAUACAACAGAAUUUAAUCAAAUAAGCUUAUCGUCGUUUCAGUUCACGCCUGUCCAUCAGCCUUAUGUUGUAAAUAAACUGGACCUGCCUUCGUUCAUAUUUCAUUUGCAGUUUUGGAAAUGAAUGCUUUCUCAUUGGCUGAUCGUAACCUUCAACUGACCAGUUACAAUCGGUUACCGCGCAAAUGUGCACUCUUUGUAACUGUGUUGAAAUGUGCAAUGUUGGGGCUUUUUUGCAGCUAUUUCUAAUGAUUCAUGUUAAACUGUUACGUACAUGUAUCGGCCACUGCGAGUUGAGAUAUGAUGUGUCUGUGGCUCUUUUGAUGAGUUCUCCGUGUUCAGUAUUUUUUGGGUAAGCUUAAGCCUCAUUGGUGAACAUCAUCUGUGUCUUUGUCGCACCUCCAUGAUGAAUGUGGUUCUUUUUAUUGUUAUACCAAAGUUAAUGCUCAUGUACCUAAAUGCUUCUUCUCCCUAUUUGGUGGUUAUAAUUUGUAACAAUAAGUUAUGAAUGCAAUUCUGACUCCCGACGCGGGAGUUUACAUGUACUGAUUGUUGAUUUAUUUAUUGUGUCUUGUUCGGUUUUCGCUAAUCAAAUUUUUCGAAAGUAGUGCUUCGUAUCGUCAGAUUAUUAGACGUUUUCAUUUCCAUAUCUGCUCGUUGUAGCAGUAGUCUGUUAAUGUAAGUUUGCAUGACUAAAUAACUUUGUUUUGUUCCCUUGUUUGUUUUCAGUUCACUUUGUUUUAAAUAGAAUGAGAUGAAUCGUUCCCUGUGUACUGUAUCUGUUGUACAGGGGGAAAGUACCAAUUUUGUUGCCUCUAAAUUGUAGGUUUAAAGCUGAAGAGGCAAAUUGUGUUUGUCUAAUGACCCAAAAUUGCAUCUCUUGUAACUAAAACACUUAAUUUCUAAAUUCUAAAGGAGGUAAAUUACAAGCUGGGUCAGUUAUGUUGAUUUGAGUUGUUCAUGUUUUAUUUAAGUUAGUUUCUCAUAAUGUAUAGCUGUACAGACACAUAAAAACUGGACGUAGCGACAUUCUGGUUUUUUACAUAAUGUCAUUUUGAAUGUUAAUUUUGCAUGUAUAUUUCUUUGUACAUAUACCAUACAUGUUUGCACAUUCUGUGCUGUACAUAAGUUACUUUAUCCUCAGUUAUUUUUUGAGAUUAAACAUCUGAAACAUUUUAUUCGUACAA